AAAGCUAAAUUAAAUGUUAUUACAGGCAUGAGGCAUAAACCCCAAAGUCUCUAGCUUGAAACUGAGAUUUUCGAAGAAUUCAUCAAAAUGUGGAGAGAAUCGGCUUCGUUUAUCCUCGAUAAGCAUCAGAACAACAAACCCAUUUCUCUAACUCAUUCAAUUGAUUCUCCUCCACCACCAUCUGCUUCAAUGGCGGAUGAAAACCCUAACCCUAAUCCUAUUUCGGCUUAUUACCAAACCAGAGCGGCGCAUCAUGGAAUUGUGACUAGCGAGUGGUUGGAGCAGGCUCAAGCCGCGGUUCGACGUUACCCUGAUCGUGAUUCCUUAGUUUCGGGAAGACCCUUUAGCGUGAUUGAGGACUUUAAUAGUUGGAGACAGCAACCUGAUUUGGCGGAGGCUGUUGCGGCGAUUCGUGCUCUUGCGGCUGUUAUUAGGGCUAGUGAAGCUACUACUAUGAUGGAACUUGAAAUUGAACUCAAGAAAGCUUCUGAUACUCUGAAAUCAUGGGACACAACGUCGAUAUCCUUAACAGCGGGAUGUGAUCUAUUCAUGCGCUAUGUGACUCGAACAUCUGCUUUAGAAUUUGAGGACUUCAACUCUGCGAAAUCCCGUGUGCUUGAACGUGCUGAGAAAUUUGGGGAAAUAUCUUGCAAGGCCCGAACGAUAAUUGCAAUGCUUAGUCAAGAUUUCAUAUUUGAUGGGUGUACUAUUCUGGUCCAUGGUUUCUCCAGAGUUGUGUUUGAAAUACUAAAGACAUCAGCGCAAAACAAGAAACUCUUUCGAGUGUUGUGCACAGAGGGAAGGCCAGAUAAAACAGGUGUACUGCUAGCUAACGAGCUUGCAAAACUUGAUAUUCCUGUGAAGCUUCUGAUCGAUUCAGCCGUGGCCUAUAGCAUGGAUGAAGUAGACAUGGUGUUUGUUGGAGCUGAUGGAGUAGUUGAAAGUGGCGGGAUAAUUAACAUGAUGGGAACUUACCAAAUCGCCCUAGUCGCACAGAGUAUGAAUAAACCAGUCUAUGUAGCUGCAGAGAGUUACAAGUUUGCACGGCUCUACCCGUUGGAUCAAAAGGACUUAGAACCAGCCUUGCGACCUAUUGAUUUCAGUGUUCCUGUUCCUCCUAAGGUUGAGGUAGAAAGAUCUGCAAGGGACUACACUCCUCCUCAGUACUUGACUCUACUCUUCACUGAUCUUGGUGUUCUCACUCCAUCUGUAGUAAGUGACGAGCUUAUUCAGCUUUACUUGUAAGUGAAGCUGUCUAAUUCCUAUAGCUGGUCUGAAAUCUCUCAUUUUUUGUAUAAAAAUAAAAACAAAAACACCAUAUUUUUGGCUAUACACAGACAUAGUUUGUCUCUGAUUCUUACUGCUAAUGCACAUUUUUUUUGGUAGUAGCGAGAUCUUUGUGACUUGUCA